AUGGUGGCAACGAGCUUUCACGAUGCCUCGUCGAACGCGGUGUCCGUCGUGAUGGUCCGCGGCCCAGGGCGCGUCGAUGCCGAGAAGGAGUACGGCGAGGUGCGGCUCUACCCCACGCGGAUGCGCUUCGUCACAGGCGUGGCUCGAGCCUACGAGGACGACUUCCCGCCUGAACUCAGCCACUUGGUGAAGGAGACGGACUUCGAGAUCGCCAUUAACCAGAUCAACAACACCAUGCAGGACUACUGGCCGUGCUUCUUCUGCAUCUUCUGCGGCUACGGCUGCUGUCCUUGCACACUGGGGCUCUCGCUCUUCUGCCCGAACUUCUGCAUCAGGGAUGCCGAGCAGUACGUUCGUGCACUUCUGACACGGAUCAAUAAACGCGUCUGCUUCGAGCGCGUUGGCGUCGAGUGGCAGCUGGUACGGUCGUGUGGCAGAUCCUGGAUCCAGAUCACGUACCCCCUUGCACCGAAGAAGCCACCGCUGGUACGAUGUGUCGCUGUUGGUUGA